AUGUCCACCCCUCAGCAGGUAGCCGCAUAUGGCACAUGGGAAAGCCCCAUCCAGCCCGAGGACUUUGCAGCAGCAGGAUCAGUGGUCCUUGAUCAAAUCUACGUCAACCGCGAGAAUGGCAAGAUCUACAUCAACGAGAUCCGUCCCGAUGAGAAUGGCCGGGGCGUGAUAGUUGAAUACCACAAUGGAGAAUCCCGAGAGGUCCUUCCCAAGCAGUUCAAUGCUCUCUCGCAGGUCCACGAAUACGGAGGAGCGUCUUUCGUCGUCGACCAACUCACCGGUCACCUCGUCUUUACAGAUUGGGACACCAAAGGCGUCUUCAAGCUGGAUCCCCAGAGUGGAUCUGUCGUGCCAAUCGUCCACGCGGAUCCCAAAAUCUACUAUGCAGACUUCGACAUCCACCCGGUGGCCAACCACUACAUCGUGGCCAUCAAGGAAGAUCACCACCCGGCGACCAUCUCCGAGAUUGAAAACACGUUGGUUGUGAUUGACUCGUCGACAAAGGAGCUCCAAGUCCUGGCCCGAGGUGCCGAUUUCUACAGCUUCCCACGCUUCAGCCCGGAUGGUACAAAGCUUGCCUGGAUCCAGUGGAAUCAUCCAAACAUGCCAUGGGAUAGCACUCAGCUGUGGGUUGCAGAAUUUGACUCGGGCAGUCUCCGUAGUUCUAAACCGGUUGCUGGAUUCCAUGCGAACGCGAGUAUAACCCAGCCGACUUGGAGCCCAGACGACAAGCUUUACUUUGUCUCGGACGAAAGCGAUUACUGGCAGCUCUACCGCUGCCAAAAUGAGAUUGUGCAAAGGGUACACCUCGAUGGGCUGGACACCGCAGAAUUUGGCUUCCCGGACUGGUUCCUUGGAGGAUCCUCGUAUGCUUUCCUGAGUCCCGUGAAGCUAGUCGCCUGCUACAACAAAGACAACCGAUGGGCAAUCAUUCAAGUUGACACAGACACACUCAAGUGGCGGGAUUUGGGCUCCCCCAUUGUUCAAAUUGGCAUCAACGCAUUAAAAGCUGUAAACGACACAACAUUUGCCGUCAUUGGGUCAACACCUUGUCUACCUGAUGUGGCUACCCUCGUUGAUAUUAAGCAGCCUGGGCUCGGUACAAUCUUGCGAAAGUCGAGCAGUUCUUCUCUGCCAGACGAUUAUAUCUCGUCCCCACAGAAUGUCACAUUUCCCAGAGUUCAUGGUCCGGGAGGCGGAAAUGCCUUUGGCCUGUUCCUUCCACCACGCAACCCGCGAUAUCGAGGACCUGAAGGCACUCUGCCUCCCUUGAUCGUCGCAAUGCAUGGUGGGCCCACCUUUCAAACGGGCUCCGGCUUUUACCUCCGUGAUCACGCUCUCACCACUCGCGGAUAUGCAAUUUUACAGGUCAACUACGUCGGGAGUACCGGCUAUGGUCGACCUUAUCGUGGAUUGUUGGCAGCACAAUGGGGGGUGAGCGAUCUUGCUGAUGCGGUUUCGGGAGUUGAAUAUUUAUCCAAGCAAGGCAUGAUCGACAAGACCCGCGUUGGAUUAACCGGUCAUUCGGCAGGUGGAUAUGCGACCAUGCAAGGUUUAGCAAUCAAUCCAUCCGUGUGGACGUGUGGAGUCGCCGAGAGCGGUAUCUCAGAUAUGGCCCUGUUGCUGAAGGAGACACACAAGUUUGAGUCCCAAUACCUGGGACCAUUAUGUUUUUCUCCAGGUCUGACCGAACAAGAGCAGGAUGCCAUCCUGAAAGAGCGCAGUCCUCUCACACAUGCAUCAAACAUCACGUCUCCGAUUCUCAUUCUGAGUGGGGCGGAUGAUGCCAUAGUGCCCCCAAAUCAGGCAUAUCUGCUUGCCAAGUUGAUAGGGGCCGCCGGAACUGAUGUCAAUAUCAAGGUCUAUGAUGGCGAAGGCCACAUUUUUGUCCAGGGAAGUACAUUGAGCGACAUUGAAGCCCGCCGAUAUGCUUGGUUUCGAAAAUAUUUGGCCCAAGCUGGAUAA